AUGUCGACUGUUUGCGAGAAUGUGGAGUACAGUAGUCCAAAUCAGAAUAGUAAACAUGAAGAGAUUGCGGAGUACAAUGGUCCGAAGCAUAAUACUAAACAUGACGCCCAACAUCCUCCCACCUUAUACACCUCUAAGUCUCUCAAUCUGAGGAAUUCCAUUUUCAGAAGGACAAAGACUACAUCAGAAAUCGCAAAGAAAACUGUGAAUGAAGAAGAAUGCCAUGGCAAGGUACGAGUGUUGGACCAGCCAGACAAGUGGUGUAUCUACAGGGUCCCCAGCAAACUCCGCAAAGUAAAUGAAGCAGCAUACACUCCUCAAUUGCUAUCAAUAGGUCCUUUCCACCAUGGAAAACCAGAACUGAAGGACAUGGAAACCCAUAAAAAGAUAUAUUAUGAGAAUUUUCUUGCACGUUGUAAAAAGAGUAAGGAUGAACUAGAGCAAUUUAUCAAGACUCGUCAAGAAAAUAUUCUUUGUUGUUAUGCAGGGACCAUUGAGCUUGACGUAGACCCUGCAAACAUAAUUGUGGUUGAUGCCUGCUUCAUCAUCGAGCUCUUUUUAACGAACUUCUAUGAAACUGAAAAUCAUAAAAAUGAUUAUAUAUUGAGAUCACCAUGGCUGAGGAAAGCUGUAGAGCAGGACUUGAUACUGUUUGAAAAUCAGCUUCCUUAUUCUCUUCUUCAAGAACUAUAUCAUGACUUUGCUGUGCCUGUCUCUCGCAGUUUCCAACCCUGCAAAGAAGUACAAGAACAGACUCAUAGUACCAAUGACCGCCUGUGCUGCUUGCCUUGCUCCUGGCGGAUACCUUGCAAUGAACAUUCCAUAGAAAUUGACGAAGCCAAACCUGCAGAUGACGAAGCCGAACCUGCUGAUUAUGAUCCCCUGCUUGAGCUUACCUUUGAGUUCUUCAAAGAUUAUAAUGAGGGGAAAUCCAUCAAGAAUAGAGUAAAACCGAAACAUUUCACCGAUUUGGUUAGGCAUUUUCUAUGUCCUGACAAAGAAAUGGAUUGUGAACACAAUAGUGCUCCUGUCAAAAAUAUAUAUGCUGCAAAGAAGCUGAGGGCAUCAGGGGUGAAGUUUAGGCCACUUAAAGAUGGACCCUUAAUCAUAAAGAAAGAUGAGGCCACUAAAUGUAAGUUCAACUUGGCAUGUUUUAGAAAUAUGGACUUGAAGCUUACGCCAUUUUGUGUCAAGGAUGAGACAGAAUGCGUUGUUCGGAACAUCAUGGCCUUGGAGCAGUUUUUGUACGCAGACAAACCUUAUAUCUGCAAUUACUUUUUGCUUAUGGAUCAGCUGGUGGACACUGUGGAUGAUGUGGUUUUGUUGGUUGAGAACAAAGUUAUUCUUAACAUGCUAGGCAGCAACGAAGCAGUAGCCAAGCUGGUUAAUAGACUUUGCGAGCAGAUCAUGGACGAUAAAUCCUGCUAUUUUGAUAUCUGUGAACAACUUAAUAAGCACUAUGAGAAUUUUUGGAACCGACAUGUGGCAACCCUGAAACGAGUUUACUUCAAGGAUCUCUGGACUGGCAGUUCAACUGUACUAGGAGUUGUUGUCCUUGUUUUCUCAGUCAUUGGAACCAUUAAGUCUCUCAAGUCAUAA